AUGGCGAAAAUGAAGAAGACAAAGACGAGCAAGACGGAGAAGACGAGCCAGUCAAAGAAGACGGCGCGGUCAAGCAAGAUGACGCAGUCAGGCCAGAGUGAGAAGGCGAUGCAGUCAAGCCAGUCAUCCAAGAAAACCAAGGUCGUGAACCGGGACAAACCUGUAGAAGAAGUCAUUGAAGAUGAAAAGAAUAUGCAUUUAAUCAGUGUUGUUUUCCAUCAUGGAUGGGAAUUUGUGAGCAUGGGUGAUGGGGUUAUGAUAUACAGGGGAGGGGUAACGACACAUGUUACUGACAUUCACAUUGACAACUUUACUAUGAUUUGCGUUAACAAGCUGUUGAAUGAGUGGGGUUACAAUGAAGGCACAUUUAGGGUACAGACAAAGGUUGUUGAGAUUGAUCCCAACUUUUUCCAAAUUAAGAAAGAUGAUGACUGUUAUGAUGUAGCUGCAUUUUCUUAUGCCAAUGAAGUAGAGGGUGUCAUGUAUGUAGAGCAUGAUGUAGUAGAUGUUUCAUUUUCAGUUGUUAGUCCUAGAUGUGUUAAUGAAACAGAUGUUCAGGAUCAAAGUGAUGAAGAAGGAGUGGAAGGAUUAGGAGAUAGUGAGGAUGAACGUGCCACUGGGUUGGAGGAUGGGUUUGAAGACAUAGAUGUUUCUGUACCUAGGAAGGAAGCUCUUUCCCUAUCUGAUGUUAUGAGGGGUUCAGAAAAGAAAGAAAUGGAAGAUGAAGAUGAAUAUGUAAUUAACGAGUUGGACAGCUCAGACCCUGAUUUAUCAGAUGAGGAGAAAGUUCACAAGUUUGAAAAGUUUAAAAAGGAGCAUUUCAAUAAGAAUUUUAAAUUUGAGUGGGGUAUGGAAUUUAAUUCCCUUGAUGAGUUUAGAGAAGCUAUACGUGAGUGGUCAGUAUUAAAUGGUAGGGAAGUAAAGUUUGUGAAAAACGAGAGCUACAGGGUUAGGGUGGAAUGUAGGGCCAAGUGUGGGUUUUUAAUACUUUGUUCAAAGGUGGGCCACAAACAUACUUUUGCUAUAAAAACAAUAUUUGAUAAGCACACAUGUGCUAGGGUUCUAGACAACAUAUCUGCAAGCUCAAGGUGGGUGGCCAAGGCUGUUGUAAAAAAGAUGCAAACAUCACAAAGUGUUAGGAUUACUGACAUUAUUCAAGACUUGAGGCAGAAUUUUUUUGUGGGCAUCACUAUUGCAAGGGCAUGGAAGGCAAAGCUCAUAGCCAAGAGGAUUCUUAAGGGAGAUGCAGAUAGGCAAUAUGCUAAUUUGAGGAGGUAUGCAUCUGAGCUACAUAGAGUUAACCCUAGUAAUACUGUGAGUAUCACUGUCAACAGACCUAGCCCAUCCAUACAACCAAGAUUUGGGUCCUUUUACUUUUGUUUUGAUGGUUGCAAAAAGGGGUUCACUAAUGGCUACAGACCCUUUGUUGGGGUAGAUGGGUGUCACUUGAAAACCAAAUAUGGGGGUCAGUUGCUAAUUGUUGUGGGUAGGGACCCCAAUGACCAGUAUUUCCCUUUAGCAUUUGGAGUAGUUGAAAUAGAGAAUAAGGAAACUUGGAAAUGGUUUAUUGAUUUGCUGAUGGGUGACAUUGGGCAGGACAACAGAUAUGUAUUUAUAUCUGACCAACAAAAGGGACUAGUUUCAGUCUUUGAAGACAUGGGUGAAAGGGUGGAACACAAACUGUGUUUGAGACAUCUAUAUGCUAACUUCAAAAAGAAAUUUGGUGGAGGAGCAUUGAUAAGGGACUUGAUGAUGGGGGCAGCAAAAGCAACAUACUACCAAGGAUGGAUGACCAAGAUGAAUGAGCUAAAAGAACUUGAUCCAAAGGCAUUGAGUUGGCUUAUGGGAGUUAACCAAAAAGCUGGUCUAGAAAAAUGGCCACAUAAGGUCAUGCCCAUACCUAGGAAAAUAUUAGACAAGGAGGUUGCCUUGAGUGCUCAUUGGCUGCCUACUUGGGCAAUGAAUGAACAGUUUCAGGUCACAUAUUCUUUCAAUACUCGAGAGUUUAUAGUGGAUAUUUCAAAAAGGUCAUGCAGUUGUAACUUUUGGGAGUUGGUGGGCAUUCCCUGUAGGCAUGCUGUAGCAGCAUUAGGUUUUAGACAACAAAACCCUGAGGAUUUUAUGGAUGAGUGUUAUUCUAGAGAGAGGUAUAAGUUGUGUUAUAGUUUUGCUGUUAGUCCCAUUAAUGGACAGGAUAUGUGGCAUGAGGUAGAAUCGGAUGAAUUGUUGCCACCAAUGUUUAAAAAGGGUCCAGGGAGGCCUAGAAAACUCAGGAUUAGAGAGACUGGUGAAGAUGGGGCUAGAAGAAGGUUGCCUGGAGUCUCUUAUAGAUGUACAACAUGUGAUAAAUUUGGGCAUAAUGCACAGUCUUGUAAAAGCUCAGUUCAGGAUCAAAAUGCUCUCAAGAGAAAGAAAAAAAUGAAGACAACUCAAUCAACUCAAACAACUCAGCAUGCAGAUGGAGAAGUUUCUACUCAAAAUGCUGUAAACCAUGAUGAAAGUGUUGUAGAAACACAAGCAAGUGAAGUUACGCCUACUGAUGCAACACAAGCAAGUGAAGUUAUGCCUACUGCUGCAGAAACUGAUGCCAUCCCAAAUGAUCCAGCUCAGACUAACUAUUUUGAUGGAAUUUCUGAUGAUAUCAUAACAAGCCUACCAGACAUCACCACUGCUCAGAAUUACAAAGAGGCCACCAAGACAAGGAAAGUAGUGAAAGAGAUCAAGCCAAUGAGAAAGAGGUCAAGUGAAAGAAUCAAGAUAAAUUGGUUUAAAAAACCAAAACCAUUUACAGGGCCAGGAUCCAAUAGUGACCAACCAAUGUCUUUGACAGAUGAAGAGGAGGGAAGUGGAUCAAAAAAAUCAAACAAGAAAGCAAAGAAAUAG